CACGGCCUGUCGCGGCACUCUGCCGGGCACCUCAGCCCAGACCCUUCGAGAGCUGUCGUCUUCCUCCCGUCGUCUCCUUCCCUGACUUCUACCAUACCUAGAUAUUCAUUGCUGGUUCAGCUCAGUUGUUUGGACAGCUCGACCGGACAUGAUUACAGCUACCUCUCCGGCCAGACACCACCAGCUACCUAUUUCCAUCCUCUUUCGAAUCUAGAGACGCUUACGACUGGCGCACACUAUCAAGUCGACCGAGGAAGGCCAUGACAUGAGGUGCGCUGCCCUUGUCCUGGUUCGACCAACUGGAAGACAUGGAGGACACUACGCCGACCCCAACCACUCCAGCUGCGGUCAUCGCUCCCGCUGCCGCCGUGGCUCCUCUUGAGCGCUCCGUGUCGCAACAGUCCGUCCUCUCAACCACCCGGAGCCAUCGUUCCCGGGCCUCCAGCACUGCCCGCGCCCGCAAGAGGUUGACAUCAUACCCGUCGAGUUGUGCGUCUUCCAUCGCCCCGUCCGACAAGUCGCUUACAUCGUUCCCCUCCUUCUCGCCCGAGUCGCCUCGCCAGGAGCUGUCCUUCUUCGAGCUCAACCCUUCCUCCCUCUCACCCUCCAUCUCGCCUUCACGUCACUCGCGCAAGCUGUCCGAUCCCGUUUCCGUCGCCGACUCCGUGGGCAACGACCGCGACCCGCGCCAGACCCCCGAAGCUCCACAGCCACAACGGAUACGGCCUGCCUCUACUGUCGAAAACUUGAUCACGGCUGAAUCCGAGCCGGACACACGCGACGCACUCUUCCAAGAUGUACCUCUUACCGCCAACAAGAUCCCUGGCUCCCUGCACCACGCUGAUAAUGCCCACAUUGAGCGCCUGAUUGCUCGCCAUGGCGCUGUCAACCUCGUCCGACAGAUAUCCCGGGAUUUGGCAGAGCGCGAUGCUCAGAUCGCCACUUUGCGGCGACGUGCCGACGACCGAGAACGCGCCUUGCGGAAGCUUAUCUUGGAAUGCGGUCUGUCCACCCUGGACCUGGAGACGCGCCUGCGCACAAUCGAGCAGGAUGCCAAACAGACAAAUCUGGCCAGAAGGGGGACCGCUGGCGGCGGAUUAUCGGACCUCAUGAACGAAGCCAUGGCCCACGAUCUCAGAGCCGUCGGCGCGAGCACAGGCCUCAAUGACGCAACUAUACGCGCUACCACCAUAUCGGUGCCCCCUGCAGCCGAUACUGGAACCACAAAGGGUAUGACCAAAGGCUGGAAAGACUUUCUGUGGGGUACUGGGGCGGCGGGAAAGAAUUCAGGUCGGCCGAGCAGCGUGACCGGUGCAAGUGCUACGGAAACCUCCAAGACGGUCCUGAGAUGUAGUGGCUUGGGGCCAGAGCAGCGCCGCCCGACGCUGGCCGACGGUCUGUUCAACCCGCCCGAGACGGACUCGACAGACUCUGUGCGGAGCUCUAGUAGGGCAUCCAGUAUCAACUCUGCGAAUGAGUCGCGGAAAUCGUCGCUGGCCAGUCUUGCGUUACGGCUGGUCGCGGGUGGUGCAACCACGGGACGUAACGGUGACAUGCGCGGCCGUGCCAGCACCGUACUGCAACCUGGGGGCUCCAUGAGAACCCCAUCUACAUCGAGCCGCGCCGCAAGCUCCCUCUCAGGCCGUACAGUCUCGGGCGCCCAAACAGGCCCUAGAUCGUUCAUGGCCAUGCGUCGCGCUACCGGCCCCACUAAACCUCUUGACGUACCCCAGCGAUACCAGCAGCAGGACCGAUGGGAUACCAUGGGGUCCAGCCCCUCGAGAGACCUCGUGUCCCGCCAGCAGAGUUAUGGUCCGGUCGAGAUGGACACCAUUCUUCCACCCGAGGUUCAGCCGCCAACGCUGACACACAUAUACAACAACCAUCUUGGGUCCGAAUUUCUCACUGACCGCUUUGGCUUCAUCUAUGACCAGCGGAGGAAAAAGCGGCAGAGAGAGGCCACCAGAAUGGCGCGUCAUGCCAAGCAGCCCAGCCGUACCGAGAUGCUCAGCACUGGGCGGAACAGGUUAUCCCCGGCCAUGUUAGACGAGAGCUCUAGUGGCAGAGGAGACACAGCGAAUGAGGCCGGGCCGGAAUCUCCUUCGGCUGAGGAGCAACGGGAUGAUUCUAAGCCCAGAAAGUGGCAGGAUUACCUCAAGAUCGCAACAUUCCCAACCGAGCUCCUCUCUCACACCCCGUUGAUUACUGUGCCAGGCUUCGAGCUGAUGGAAGGUGGUGAAGUGCCCGAAGCACCCAAAUCGCCUGGCUUGAUAACGUCGGAGGAGCGUGGGUUCGUUCCGUCAGCUACUCCUGCCAUCGCCGCUAUCGCAUUGCUGGAGAAUGAGGAUCAACCCUCCCCAGACGAAGGGGAGCAACAAUCGUCGUCGGCGAGCAUGGCGAAAGAGGAUGCGGAACCAGUUAGGCUGCUGUUGCAGAACCUCAAUCAGCUCCACGAUACACUUCAGAGGGAAAAGACUGUGCGAUGGAACGAUUUCCUUCGUAAAGUACGGGCGGAAAGAAAACGAGACGGGGAGGCUGCCGCUGCUGCUGCCGCCGCUGCCGCCGAGGCUAGGUUUCAAAGGGCCGAAGCAGUAAUGCCUGAAACGAGAUUAGGAGAUGGUGAGCUGAUUGGCGUUGCAAGUUUGGGUAUUCAAGGCAAAGUUGGACGUGCCAAGGCCAAUGAGUUUAGGCAACUCAUACUUGGUGGUAUUCCUGUCGCCUACCGGUCCAAAAUCUGGUCCGAAUGUUGCGGGGCCAAAGCUUUGCGUAUUCCGGGUUAUUAUGAUGACCUUGUCAACCAGGCAGGGGACCAGGACGAUCCGCAGGUCGUGGCACAAAUCAAGGCCGACAUCACUCGCACCCUUACGGAUAACAUCUUCUUCCGCAAAGGUCCAGGGGUCAACAAGCUCAACGAGGUACUACUUGCGUACGCCCGACGCAAUCCAGAUGUGGGUUACUGCCAGGGCAUGAACCUCGUCGUCGCUAACCUCCUUCUCAUCACCCCAUGUGCCGAGGACGCCUUCUGGAUCCUGGUAUCCAUUGUUGAGAAUAUCCUGCCGCCCAACUACUUUGACCAUAGCCUUCUCGCCUCCAGGGCCGACCAGCAGGUCCUGCGCCAAUAUGUGUCUGAGGUUCUCCCCAAGCUCAGUGCUCACUUUGAAGAGCUUGGCAUUACCCUCGAGACCAUGACGUUUCAGUGGUUCCUGUCUGUUUUCACAGACUGCCUGUCUGCUGAGGCUCUCUUCCGCGUCUGGGACGUACUACUGUGCACCCAUGACGGCGGCGUGUUUCUGUUUCAGGUUGCACUGGCUUUGCUCAAGCUGAAUGAACGCCAGCUGCUUGCCUGUGACUCGGCGGCACACAUCUACAGCUACAUCAACCAUCAGAUGACCAAUCAUGCGAUCAGUAUUGAUGGAUUGAUACAGGCUUCUGAGGCGCUGAGGAGGGUGGUGCAGAGAGAUGAGGUGGAGGCAAGAAGGGCGAAGGCCGUUGACUUGGAGAGAGAAAUGAGUCUGGCCAGGGAGAAGAGACGAGAGGAGAUGCAACAGCAGAUAAAGAGGCUGGCGGAAGCGCAGGCGCCAAAGACAGCGGGAUCGCCGGCCGUCGCUGACCGGGCGGUGACAUCGGUGAACGGAUAUUCCGAUGAUUUAAGUUCACCAAUGGUGGAGGCAGAUGAUGGGAUAACAGGAACUAUACAAGCAGCUGGAGGGAUAACUGCAUAACAAGUUGUGAGACAGAACAUGGAAUCAAGUAGUUGCAUGAGGCGGCGUUAUGUUGUAUGUUUCUCGAUCCAUCCGCAACGACGGAAUCGUCUAUCGUUAUUUCUCCUCUUACAGUUGGCAACUUUUUUCUUUUCUUUGUUUUUCUAUCUUUUUCUUGGUGUACGGGCUGGAUAGGUGCAUAUCUCGGAUUGAUACCAAGCAGCGCAUGGAAGGGAGGUAAGGGCAAGCAAGUCAGGCUCAAAUUAUUAAAUGUCAUCGUCUGAUUGAUUCAGUCUCAAUUUUCGGAAGGAGCCGCAAAGUUCACAUCUGCAAGAGCCAUUGAGAUGAGUCAAAACUCAUCGCUCGUGGCUACACGUUGCAUCCGUAAGUUGAUGUUGCAAUAUCAAGGAAUACCGGUUAACAAG